AUGGGGCUGGUGAUGAGCGCCGCGACGGGGAGCGGCUGGACGACAGGGUCGGGGAUGGAGGGCCCACCGAUGGCCGGCGGCGCCGCGAACCGGCCGGAGGUGUCGACGCUGCCGUGGUCGCUCUUCACAAAGUCCCCGCGGCGGCGGAUGCGGGUGGCCUUCACCUGCAACGUCUGCGGGCAGCGCACCACGCGCGCCAUCAACCCGCACGCCUACACCGACGGCACCGUGUUCGUUCAGAAUUUGCCUUUUCAUAUAUCUGUGGCAUUGAACUUGAAGAAGUGCUGCGGCUGCAACAUCUUCCACAAGCUGGUGGACAACCUGAACCUGUUCCACGAGAUGAAGUGCUACGUCGGGCCCGACUUCCGCUACGAGGGGGACGCUCCGUUCAACUACCUUGAGGCGUUCUGUAGAAAAGACAGUAGAGUUGUCCACGCGUUGGACCCGAUGGGAACCCCGUCCAAACCCCUCCAUCGCUGCUCGAUACCUGUGGCAGAUGAUCCAGACGCUGUCGUCAUUCCAAAGCGAACUCCCAAUGCGAUCGUAAAGAAGCUGUCAUAUUUAACAGUUGACAAACGGGACAAAGAUUCUCCGCCGCUGUUCGGAGGACGUCAAACCUGGAAGCAGAGGGAGGAAAGCUUUAAACUGAAUGCUACCAUGAAGGUGCACUGUGGAUUUAUGAAAAACAGUGGUGCAGAUAUGGGUGCUGUUGAUUUCGAGUACAUACAGAAAUGCAAAUUCGUGGUUGCCUCGGGUAUUUUUGAUGGUUAUGACGUUCCUCAUCAGCCAUCAAAUAUUAGCUUUCGCUCUCAAAAGUUGUUCUGCUUCUUGAUGGUGGUCGAUGAGGUAUCCUUUGACUUCAUUGAACAGAAUGUCACUGUCAAAGUUGACAGUGCAGGAGGGAAAUGGGUUGGUAUAUGGCGACUUGUAACAUUGCACCGCCCUCCAUUUGAUGAACCUAGAAGGAAUGGAAAAGUACCAAAGAUAUUGACGCAUAGACUAUUUCCUCAAGCCUGGUAUAGCAUUUGGAUUGAUGGGAAAAUGGAGCUUAUGGUUGAUCCGCUGCUUAUUCUUGAAAGAUAUCUCUGGCGGGGAAAAUACACAUUUGCAGUAGCUGUCCAUAAGCAUCAUAGAAGCAUAUAUGAAGAGGGUGAUGCAAUCAAACGGAGGAAGCGAUAUGCUCGGCCUUUGGUUGAUCUUCAGAUGAAGAUAUACUACCACGAGGGGAUGGAGCCUUGGGACGAAAAGAAAAGGAUGCCUAGUGACAUACCAGAAGGAGCAGUGCUGAUCAGGGAGCACACGACGAUAACGGAUCUGUUCAGCUGCCUCUGGUUCAACGAAGUCAACCUCUUCACUCCUCGUGACCAGCUCAGCUUCGGCUACGUGGCCCAUCGGCUCGGAGACGCUCUCAAGUUCUUCAUGUUCCCCAACUGCGAGUACAAUUCCCUGUUCAUCCUGCACAGACACACGAGGGAGCACUCAUCGAAGGUGGAGUGGGCCAAGACGAUCGACGAGAUUUUGAAGAAGGGACUGAAGGAGAGCAGGGGAGGGUUAGGGCUGUGGACUCCGUACCCCGCAGACCUCAGCUCCGUGGAGCUCCCUGCUGUAAAAAGAACUUCGCAGGCAAGCUAG